CCACUAACCUUGGCACCACGUCACAGGCUGUGCAGCAGUGCAGUAGAACGGGAGUGCAUGCGAGCCACAGUGCCUCAUAGGUGGAGGGGUGGGGGGCUGCAUAUCGCUGCCGCGUCCUCUGCUUGGCGCUCGUCAUCCCCCGCUCCCACAUCCUUACCUUUACAAGCCCAUGCUCGGGCUCCUUCUCUCCUGCCGCCAGCGCUACUGACAGCAACGCGCUCCUCCUCUCCCCCCACCCGGACCCCCCCUCCGCCCCCUCGACAUGGAUGUCCCGUCGUCCCUCGAGCCGAAGGAUUGCCGCGCGUUGGUGCAGUGAAUAAGACGAGGACCAUGCCGGGACUGCUAAUGGAUUUUGGGAGAGCGCGAGUGACCAUGCCGUGAGCUUCACUCGGCCAUCUCCAAAAUAAAGAAAGAAACAGCGACGUGCAUCGCAAGGAAAGGGGGCUCGGACACGCGCGGCGGCGGGAUUUAAAAACCACCGUGCAUUUGUUUGUUUUGUUUUUUUUUUCUUCCUACCCCCCCGCAAACAACAUGAAGAUUACCUCCCAUCCGCUGAUGAUAAGCAGUGUCGUUGUCAGGUCCAAGCUCAGCCUCAUUCCGCUUCUGCUGCUCUUUCUCGGUCACUCUCGCGGGAUGCCGCAUGUGCUAAGAUUUGGGGGAAUAUUUGAAUCCAUCGAAAGCGGCCCCUCAGGAGCGGAGGAACUCGCCUUCAAAUUUGCCUUGAACACAAUCAACAGGAACCGCACGUUGCUCCCCAACACCACGCUGACCUACGACAUCCAGAGAAUAAACAUCUUUGACAGCUUCGAGGCCUCCCGCAAAGCAUGUGACCAGCUGUCCCUGGGAGUGGCCGCCAUAUUUGGGCCGUCGCACAGCUCGUCGGCCAACGCGGUCCAGUCCAUCUGCAAUGCUCUGGGAGUGCCCCACGUCCAAACCAAGUGGAAGCAUCAGGUGUCGGACAACAGGGAUUCCUACUAUGUCAGCCUGUACCCGGACUUCUCGUCCCUCAGCCGAGCCAUUCUGGACCUGGUGCACUUCUUCAAGUGGAGAACCGUCACCGUAGUCUACGACGACAGCACAGGUACAGGACUCAUUCGACUGCAGGAGCUGAUCAAGGCGCCGUCACGAUACAACAUUCGUUUGAAGAUCCGACAGCUGCCCACGGAGACCAAGGACGCCAAGCCGCUUCUCAAAGAGAUGAAGAAAGCGAAAGAAUUCCACGUCAUCUUCGAUUGCGGACACGAGAUGGCAGCCUGGAUAUUAAAACAGGCUCUUGCCAUGGGGAUGAUGACAGAGUACUAUCACUACAUUUUUACCACUCUGGACCUUUUUGCCCUGGACAUGGAGCCGUACCGUUUCAGCGGAGUGAACAUGACCGGUUUUCGCAUCCUCAACACAGAAAACUCACAGGUGUCGUCCAUUAUCGAAAAGUGGUCCAUGGAGCGGCUACAAGCUCCGCCCAAACCCGACUCGGGCCUCCUGGAUGGAUUCAUGACGACGGACGCAGCCCUGAUGUACGAUGCCGUGCACGUGGUGGCGGUGGCGGUCCAGCAGUCGCAGCAGAUCACCGUCAGCUCCCUGCAGUGCAAUCGCCACAAGCCAUGGCGCUUCGGGGGGCGCUUCAUCGGCCUCAUCAAAGAGGCUCACUGGGAUGGCCUGACCGGCCGCGUUCUCUUCAACAAGACCAAUGGACUCAGGACGGAUUUCGACCUGGAUGUCAUCAGCCUGAAGGAGGAAGGCCUGGAAAAGAUCGGGACAUGGGAUCCUCCGAGCGGUCUGAAUAUGUCUGAGACUCACAAAAGCAAGACGUCCAACAUCACCGACUCGCUGGCUAACAAAUCUCUGCGCGUCUCCACCAUACUGGAGGAGCCGUACGUCAUGUUUAAAAAGUCGGACAAACCUCUGUACGGGAACGACCGCUUCGAGGGUUAUUGCAUCGACCUGCUGAGGGAGCUUUCGGGAAUCUUGGGCUUCCAGUACGAAGUGCGGCUGGUUGAAGACGGCAAGUAUGGCGCCCUGGAUGAGAGUACGGGCCAAUGGAACGGCAUGGUGCGCGAGCUCAUGGACCAUAAAGUCGACUUGGCGGUCGCUCCUCUGGCCAUCACCUACGUGCGAGAGAAGGUCAUUGACUUCUCCAAGCCCUUCAUGAUGCUGGGGAUAAGUAUCCUGUACCGCAAGCCCAACGGCACCAACCCGGGGGUCUUCUCCUUCCUAAACCCGCUCUCACCUGACAUCUGGAUGUAUAUUCUGCUGGCUUGCUUGGGUGUCAGUUGUGUGCUGUUUGUCAUAGCCAGGUUUAGCCCGUACGAGUGGUACAACCCGCACCCGUGCAACCCCGACUCGGAUGUAGUGGAAAACAAUUUUACGCUGCUCAAUAGUUUCUGGUUUGGAGUUGGGGCUCUCAUGCAGCAAGGCUCCGAGCUCAUGCCCAAAGCGCUGUCGACGCGAAUAGUGGGAGGCAUCUGGUGGUUCUUCACCCUGAUCAUCAUUUCCUCCUACACGGCCAACCUGGCCGCCUUCCUCACCGUGGAGAGGAUGGAGUCGCCCAUUGACUCCGCCGACGACCUCGCCAAGCAAACCAAGAUCCUCUAUGGCGUGGUAGAGGAUGGGGCCACCAUGACCUUUUUCAAGAAGACGAAGAUCUCCACCUACGACAAGAUGUGGGAGUUCAUGAACAGCAGGAGGCAGUCGGUGAUGGUGAAAAACGUGGAGGAGGGCAUCCAGCGUGCCCUCACCUCCGAGUACGCUUUCCUCAUGGAGUCCACCACCAUUGAGUUUGUCACCCAGCGCAACUGCAACCUCACGCAGAUCGGAGGCCUCAUCGACUCCAAAGCCUACGGAGUGGGAACGCCGAUGGGCUCUCCAUACAGGGACAAGAUCACCAUCGCGAUUCUGCAGCUGCAGGAGGAGGGCAAGCUGCACAUGAUGAAAGAGAAAUGGUGGCGGGGGAACGGCUGCCCCGAGGAAGAGAGCAAAGAGGCCAGCGCUUUGGGGGUGCAGAAUAUCGGCGGAAUCUUCAUCGUGCUGGCCGCCGGCCUGGUACUGUCUGUCUUUGUGGCCGUGGGGGAGGUGCUGUACAAGUCCAAGCAGAACGCCCAACUUGAGAAGAGAUCCUUCUGCAGCGCCAUGAUGGACGAGCUGCGGGUGUCUCUGAAGUGCCAGCGUCGUCUCAAGCAGAAGCCGCAGCCGCCCGUCAUCGUUAAGACGGAGGAAGUCAUCAAUAUGCACACGUUCAACGACAGGAGACUCCCGGGAAAGGAAACCAUGGCGUAAAAACACACACACAAAAAAAAAGGAAAGGAAAAAAAAAAAUCC